UUGGAACUUCGUAUUUUGUUUGUGUUUGUUGUUUGUUUGGAUUUCAGCUCUGCUCCAAUACUGACCGGCCCAAACAGCCAAACGCCCAAGCGAAGACGAUGCACCGGUUGACGAGGGAGGAGGCGCGUGUGCUGGGGCAUGCUGUGCCCGCGGCGCUGUUCCUUGCUGGGCUGUUCCAUUGGGACUGGGCCAUGUUCUACUCGUCAUUGCUGUGGUCCUUCCUGUGGAUCACGGCAGUGAACCUCGUCGUCUCUGGCGCCAUGCACCUGUUUCUCCAAGGCACGACAUGUCGCAAGCUGCAGGCCGAUCGACGCAAGCAGCCGCCAUCCAGAGCAACAAAGGCUGGACCAACGUUCAUGGAUACGCGCGCCGCCGUCUUUGAGAGCACACGGGCGGCGUUCACAGCAGCGUGCCUCGUCGCGUGGCCUGUGGCGCAGAUGCGCGCCGGCAAGCCAACCGCGUUCGCAGACACCGUUGAGGAGGCCAGCCCCUUUGGCUGGGCGCCGCUGUACUUUUUCAAGAUCGCCGUCGGCAUCCUCCUGGCUGACGCCCACACGUACUGGAAGCACCGGCUGCUGCACCACCCGUCGCUGUGGGCACUGCACCGCGUCCACCACCAGUUCAAGGACCCCAACACAUUCGCAGGCUUUGCCAUUCACCCCGUGGAAGCCCUGCUCACCUUCUUCCCCGUGCUGUUCGUGUGCCAGACCACCGUCAAGCUGUGGUGGAACUGGCACGUGCCUGCCGUGCUGGCGUUCACCGCCCUCAACUUCUAUCUCCACUGCGGCUUUGAGAUCUCCUUUCUCGAGCGCCUGCUCAAGCCGCUGCUCGUCAACACGUCCACCUUCCACAACGUCCACCACGAGAAGACCACGCGCCACUUUGGCGAGAUGCUUGUCCUGUGGGACGUCCUCUGCAGCACGGGCGCACACUGCCGCUGACGUGCUGCUGUGGCCUUUUUGUCCUGCGUGUCCGCAGACUUGCGCGUUGCAUGCCACUUCCGUUGCUCUGCCUUGCGGCUGCACUGAAUGUGCCGUGCAGUGUGCCUUGCUGCUUUGCUGUGUGCUUUCAAUCUACUUGUGCCACAUCGGGUCGUGCCAUGCGAGACAGCACAGCAUUUGCUUGCCUGCAUGAGCUUUGUUCCUUUGCUCCCGUUUGCUUUCCCCCUUUGUUAUUGGCGCUACAUGCUACCUUUCGCCCUUCCCCCUUGCUUGGCUCUUCCGUUCGCCCCCUUGCUGUUCCGGCUCCUGCUGUUGCUUUGUGGUGGGAGCCCGCCGCCGGCGUGGACUGGUGUAGUCUGUGGACUGGAUGAUGGAUAACCGGCAACAGGGGCAUGUGCUGGCGCAGUCCGUUGCACGUCCACAACCACAGCAGACUCACCGUUGCUGGCCCGCACGAGCGGUAGUCCUCGCCUCACACUUCUGUUGGUCUGUUGGUAUCACCCAGCGUUCGCGUCGUCGCACAACCAAGAAGCAAGAAGCAAACAUCACA